AUGGAGGGAGUGAACGGCAGCAGCAGCAGCAGCGUCCGCUCCAGACCGCAGGGCAAAGACACGGAGAGCAAGAAGAAGAAGAAGAAGAUCCCCGACAGGGUGACCCUGAAGAAGGAGAUCGGACUGCUGAGCGCAUGCACCAUCAUCAUAGGGAACAUCAUCGGCUCGGGGAUCUUCAUCUCUCCAAAGGGCGUCCUGGAGCAUUCGGGCUCGGUGGGUUUGGCCUUGGUGGUUUGGGUUCUAGGAGGCUGCAUCGCUGCGUUGGGCUCUCUCUGCUACGCUGAGCUGGGCGUCACCAUCCCUAAAUCUGGAGGAGAUUAUUCGUACGUCACGGAGAUAUUUGGAGGGCUGAUGGGGUUCCUCCUCCUGUGGAGCGCUGUCCUCAUCAUGUACCCGACCACGCUGGCUGUCAUCGCCCUAACCUUCUCCAGCUACGUCCUGCAGCCCGUCUUCCCAAACUGUGUUCCUCCUUACAUGGCCACACGGAUGCUGUCUGCUACCUGUCUCUUACUGCUGACUUGGGUGAACUGCUCCAGCGUCCGUAUGGCGACCAGGAUCCAGGACGUUUUCACGGUGGGGAAGCUGAUGGCUCUGGGCCUCAUCAUCGUGGUCGGUCUGGUCCAGAUCUGCAACGGGAACUACGAGGCUCUGACCCCUCAGGUGGCCUUUUCUCUGGACAGGACGCCGUCGGUUGGGCAGAUCGCCCUGGCCUUCCUUCAGGCCUCAUUCGCCUUCAGCGGCUGGAACUUCCUUAACUACGUCACAGAGGAGGUGGUCGAGCCCAGACGGAAUCUACCUCGUGCCAUCUACAUCUCCAUCCCACUGGUGACGUUUGUGUACACGCUCACCAACAUCGCCUACUUCUCCUCCAUGUCACCCGAGGAGCUGCUGUCAUCCAAUGCUGUGGCUGUAACGUUUGGAGAGAAGCUGUUAGGGAUGUUCUCCGUCAUCAUGCCGAUCUCUGUGGCUCUAUCAACCUUCGGAGGGAUCAACGGCUACCUGUUCACCUCCUCCAGGUUGUGCUUCUCUGGAGCCAGAGAGGGUCACCUGCCCAGCCUGCUGGCUAUGAUCCACUUUAAAAACUGCACACCAAUCCCCGCCCUGCUGGUCUGUUGUGCUGCCACCAUAGUUAUUCUCUGCAUCGGAGAGACACACAACCUGAUCAACUACGUCUCCUUCAUCAACUACCUGUCGUAUGGCGUCACCAUCGCUGGCCUGCUCUACUACCGCUGGAAGAAACCCAACCUUUACCGCCCCAUCAAGGUAAACCUCUUAGUUCCUGUUUGUUACCUGAUGUUCUGGGCGCUGCUGCUGGGUUUCAGUCUUUACUCCGAGCCCGUGGUUUGUGGCGUUGGGUUAGUCAUCAUGCUCACCGGCGUACCCGUCUACUUCCUGGGCGUCCAUUGGAAAGAAAAACCAAAGUGCAUCUACAACUUCAUCGAGAGGGCGACCUACGUGGGCCAGAGGUUGUGUUUUGUGGUCUUUCCUCAGUUCGAUCCCAUCGAGAUCGCCAGUCCUUCAGAGUGGACUGACCGUUCAUCAGGCAGGGGCAGUUUGUCUGCCAGUUCUUAAAACUUUUAUCUGCAUAUUUGAUUUUUAUUUUUACUCCGUCACUGUAUGUCAGACACUUCCUCCUCCUGCGGGAGCUUCCUGUGGGACGUCUGACCCUCUGAGACUCUGGUUUCCCUUCAGCCGAGUGGAAGCGACUUUUUCUUUUCUACUAAGUCUUCAAGUCCAACAAGCUAAUGCCAACAGUGUGACACUGUGAGGGAGACGUUUAUCCUCCUUUUGGACCCUUUUCUGUAAAAAGACAAAACUCUGACCAUGACAGUUCUUUUCUUCUGAAUGUUGUUGGUCUUUUAUCGUGCCUUUAGGCUUUUUCACACCAAGUUUUGAUCUAAUUAUAGUCACUCAGUGUGUUUACAUGCAUAGCAAAGUCGAGCUCCAGUUAAAGCUAGAUCAGGCACUUUAACUGGACCCUGUUCUGCCCUAGUAUCUAGGACCAGUAACCUGACUCAAGCUUGACUGCUACACCCCAUAGAGCACAGGUGUCAAACUUAAGGCUGGGGAGCCAAAUCUGGCCCACCAGAUCAUAUCAUAUUUUAUUAUAACUG